AUGGUUUGGUACCUAGGGCGAGCUGGCGCGUGUGUAGACCGCGCCGGCGGCCCUGGGAAGUACGACUCCGCGUCGACGUCCAACAGCGUCUCCUACGCAUUUGCGAAUCACGCAACUUGCCGCCGGUCCUGCGACGUCGACGCUUUCUGCGUCGGCUACAGCUUUUACGCUCCGCUCGUCGGAGAGAAGCUCGGCGGGACGGUGGCGCCCGUCCUCAAGGAGCUGGAAACGGAGCUGGGCGCGCUGCUCCCUGAGCGGUGGGCCCAGAAGGUCGCCGAACACGGGAGCGCGGCGGGCCGAGCCAUCCUCGCCAAUUCCCCGCUGGAGUUGGCGCUGGGAGUAGCCGGGUGGCUCUUCCUGGCGCUCUGCUUCUACCGCUGCUGCUGCCGGCGGCGCGAGCCGCCUCACAAGCGGCUCGUGGAGCCCGACGAGGAGGAGGCGCGGGGCGGCAUGCCAAGUCCGCGGCCGAAGCGCCGCUCCAAUGCCGAGCUGGCGGAGCAGGUGGCGGAGCUGAAGCUUGGGAUGAAGGAGGUGGGGGCGCUGGUGCUGCGCCUCGCCUUGUGGGCGCGGGCCGCGAGGUCUGAGCGGGAGAGGCUCGACGCUUGCCACAUACUAUGCGGGCCUCGCUAG